UUAAAUGCUUUUCCAAGAUGGCGAAUCGCACGGUCCGAGACGCUCGCAGCAUCAAGGGGAAGAAUCCGCAGUAUUUGGUGGAAAAAAUCACAAGAUCAAGAAUUUAUGAAUCAAGAUACUGGAAGGAAGAAUGUUUCGCUCUAAGUGCUGAACUACUAGUGGACAAAGCAAUGGAGUUGCGUUUUAUAGGAGGUACCUAUGGAGGUAAUAUCAAGCCGUCUCCAUUCCUGUGUCUGCUUCUGAAAAUGCUACAGAUUCAGCCAGAGAAGGACAUUGUUAUCGAGUUCAUCAAAAAUGAGGACUUCAAGUAUGUGCGUUGCCUUGGAGCACUAUAUAUCAGACUGGUGGGAGAAGGUCUUGAUGUUUAUAAGUACCUAGAACCUCUGUACAAUGACUACAGGAAGAUCAGGAGACAGGAUAAGAUUGGUGGAUAUUUCUUAUCCCAUGUUGAUGAGUUCAUCGACGAGCUCCUGAAUGAAGAGAGAGUCUGUGACAUCAUUCUCCCUCGUGUGCAGAAGAGACACAUUCUGGAGGAGACUGAGCAGCUUGAACUACGCGUUAGCCCUCUGGAGGAGGAUCUGGACGACAUGGAAGACUCCAGUGAUGAUGACAUUGAUAUACCUGAGAUAAAAAAGUCACCUGAACGUCACCGGGGUAGCUAUCACGAUCACGACAGACCAAGGAGAAGUCCUUCACCAAGGCAUCGUCGAAGUCGUAGUCGAUCACCUAAAAGGAGAAGUCGUUCUCCCAAGAGGAGAAGCCCAUCCCCCAGGAGAGACAGAGAGAGAAGGAGAAGCAGAAGCCCAAGGAGAGAGAGGGAGAGGAGGAGCAGAUCAAGGGAAAGAAGACACAGAUCACCAGUUCGUAACUAUCAUCGUGAUGAGAGACGUGAUGAGAGACGUGACGAUAGGCGUGAUGAGAGGAGUGAUGAUAGGUACCAUCAUAGACAUCGGUCAACAUCACCGGAUGAUAGGCAUAGGAGAUCCUACAGGAAAUGAUUAUAUCCCACCCAAAACAGAUCUUCACUUCACCAGCAAUGUGUUUGUAUAUAUGACCUGCUACACCAUUGAAAGGACUCAACUCACCAGCUGUGUGCUUUGUAAAGUGUGGUUCCAGUGGAUAUCGUGAAUUGAAUCGUGAAGCGCUCAUGUUACAGGAAGUACAUCAGACUAGAAAUGACCUGGUCUUCUGAUCAUUCAUACUACAUGUACAUGUAUAUGAUCAUCCACUUCUAUAAUAUCUGUUGAUCUGCAUUUCACUUUGUAUAAUUAAUUUUAUUGUUAAAGACAAAGUUGAGUUCUGGUCAUGCGAUUACGAUGUGAAAGAAAA